GAUACACAACACAAAAGACAACUUCAAAAUGUAAAGACUUUCGGGAUUACUUGGCGAGGAUACAUGAAAUAAAUAUUUUGCCGUGUUGAUCUCCUCGUUUUCCGAGUUAAAGUUAACUCCGGUUUUUGGUUAGCUUGUUAUUUUAAAAUAGAACUAUGCAACAAUGUGGGUUCUGUUCAAUGUUGUCUGGGCUACUACGGCGGGCUAUGUGUGUUGGAAGCCGACGAGGCAGCAGUGAAUCGUAUUACAGGGAGCUCGGCGACCAAGACACGCUGAAAAUUGAAGACAAAGCUUCAGAUAUAUCGGAUGAACAGGAAGAAAUAAAUCAGGAGAGCGCAACAGGUCGCAAGUCAUUCGAUCUCGAUCCCGACUUGAACAACAUGACUAAGAAGAGCCUCUGCACUGGGCGGUUUAUGACCAUGCACAAGAGACGCAAAAAGCGGCUGUUGACCAGAUCGCUAGAUCAAGAAAUGGCUUUACUCGACGACUUGCAACCUGGACAGGUCCAGUGCAUCCUUGAACAGUCUGUGCUGUGGAAGUUCAAUGCAUUUACGUUAGAAAACGUUACAGGCGGUCGCUGUCUGCCGGUGCUGUGUGUUCAUCUGUUUCACAUCUAUGGAUUGAUUUCGUACUUUAAACUCGACGCGGCUAAGACCUGGAAGUUGUUCAGCCUCAUCGAGGAAGGCUACCAUAGCACGAACCCUUACCACAACUCUGUUCACGCUGCAGACGUCACACAAGCUAUGCACUGCUUUUUGCAGCAGAAACAGAUCCGUGACUACAUGGAGCCCCUGGAGAUAAUGGCCUCUCUACUGGCGGCGAUAGCUCACGACAUGGACCACCCAGGCGUGAAUCAGCCCUUCCUCAUUGCAACUUCCAAUCACCUAGCAGCUUUAUACCGGAACACUUCGGUCCUGGAGAACCAUCACUGGAGGUCCGCAAUUAGCUGCCUCAUCGAGAGCGGUCUCCUGGACCAGAUGCAUGACAUGCAAGCGAGGCUCGAGAGUCAGAUCAGCUCCCUGAUCUUAGCCACCGACAUCACUAGGCAGCAGGAGUACUUGAGCCAAUUCAAGGCCCACCUCGACACUAACACCCUCGACAUGACCAAGAAGGAACACCGACAUUUAGUGCUCCAGAUAGCUCUGAAAUGCGCUGACAUAUCAAACCCCUGCAGACCCUGGGAAAUCAGCAGGAAGUGGAGCCUUAAGGUUUGCGAGGAGUUCUUCCGACAAGGAGACUACGAGAGGAAACUUAAUCUGCCAGUUACAGCUCUUUGCGAUCGGCACACAACGUCCAUACCGAAGAUCCAGACAGGUUUCUUUAAAUUCGUGGUCACCCCACUCAUUAGCGAGUGGCACAGGUUCCUUCAGAACGAUCUCUCGGAGCAAAUGUUGCAAAAUCUCAUAUACAAUCAAAGCAAAUGGGAAAUGUUAGUGCAACAAGAAAUGGCCGAAGAAACCAAAACUGAAAUAUCUGACGCUGAUCUGGUUGACGAUGACCUGGAAACCUGCUCUGGUACCAACAUUUCAGACAGCUCCGAACUACUUUUGCCUCUACGUAGGAGCUCCUUAAAUCCAACUAAGCAGGGAAGUCUUAAAGAACAACUACGCCGGUUCUCUGUGCCACUCAACGUUUUCCAGGAUACAAAGUAUAAAAACAGGGAAAAAAGUAGAGCAUCUUCUGCAACUGAAUCUCGCAGUCGCGGCAACACGAGUCUUAUGGGCAGCGAGCACUCGCUUCACUCUCAACUGAGCGUGCGCGGACAUUGCGAGCACGGUCACACCUCGGCCAGUAAGGUCCUUAGCACGGAGAAACUAUUGCCAGAUUCUUCGAUAGCCUCUAUCACAACACCGGUGCAAGCCACUAGGCUCAGCACCGUGCUGAAGGACGGCUGCACCUGGAAGCUAACCCGCCAACAAACAUUCCCGCCGUUAGAGACCGUUGCCCGCGCCCACGCACUAGCCGUGCGCCCUCUUCACACGAGUAACGAGGACGCCAUAUACCCGUCCCGAUACUCCAAGACUGAAAACGGAUUGUUUGACAAAAAUGAUGACAGACUAAGCAAUAUAUUCAAAAAAAAUGAUACCGAUAAGACUGAUAUCGAUGACGCUUCUGAAAGUAAUGUAGAUGUAACCGAGUGUUCACGUAAUUUAGAAAAAGAGAAUCUUGACCCGCUUACCAAGGCCUCGGGCGGGUUGCAGCGCGAAUCGCUUGUUCUCGGGAGCCAACUCAGGGACAACAUGACUUCCAUGCAGCUGGAAAUCGUUUCUCCUGAUCAACUGUUGCGGCGUCGGAAAUCAAUGCCCACCGACGCAGUGGCAUACACUCCAAAAGAGAAGAAGAUGCGCGAGAUGACAGCAGCUAUACCCCAGUUACUUCGCCGGACAUUGUCUGGGAAGGAGUGUUGGACUAGACGUCGGGGCUCAGCUCCGGCGCCGGUGGCUCCUUCGGAAUUCCGUGGUCUGGCAGCUCUGGGAGCUUUACGCCAUAGCGUGAACGGCGGUCGGAGGAAGCCGAAUCCCAGUGUGACGUGCCAGCAAUGGCUUGUUAAAACCUACAGCGGGCAAGACAGGACUAUAACACAACUCCCUCGCAGGAGCUCGCUACCUGUUGAGGUGAUUGCAGGUAUCUCGUCUUACUGAAGGGAUGAAGACGUCGGAGUCUAAGUAAAAUCGGAACAUCAAUGACUUGGAGGCUAACUAUGCUCAAAUUGUUAUCACGGAUUUCACAGGGCUGUCUGUCUCUGUCGCUGACAGACGCUUGCCCGAUCCCGCCACACAAUGCGGUGUGAGAAUACUGUGCAUUGUCAUAUAAAACUCUGUGACUAUACCUU